AUGAAAAGACAUCUAUCCUCCUUGACUCUUCUACUGUGCCUGAUGGGUUUCAGCUUGAUGAGCUCAGCAUGGACUGCCCCUGACUGCACCAUAGGAGACAGCUCCCUUUUGUCUAACCUCUCUUACUACAUCCCAUUCUGUUCUUUGGCCCCAGGACUGCGCCUUUUUGCAUCAUGCUCCAACGUUAAAGACCUGCCUCAGACCCUGACUUCAGUACCUUGGGAUACAGAAGCACUUUGUCUACAAGGGGAAGUUCCACUCCUGCCAACUGGUGCCUUUCGCCUCUUUCCAUCCUUACGACUAUUGAAACUAGAGCUGGGUACCAUCAUGGUUUCAUCUGGAGCAUUCCAAGGACUGGACCAGCUGCAGCACCUCUCCUUAGAACAUCAUGCCCCUUGUUGUCUGGAUUUGUUUCUCCCUGGAGAUGCCCUGGAGCCCCUCACAUCUCUCAACAGCAUUUCCUUCCAAGGCUACUGCUUGAAUUACAGUCAGAGCAUCCGAUUACCAAUCAGCCUUAGUCAUCUGACCCUGAAGCACAGUUGUUUGACAGAGCUGCAGGAACUACAGCAGAUCUUCCCAAAUCUUGACCCUGAUUUCCCUCCUUCACAAAGCCCCAGACCAUCGUGUCCUUUCCUGCAGGUUUUGGAUCUGUCUUCAAACCUGCACCUGAGUCGGGUGGGUGUUGGAGCUUUGGGAAGGCUCCAUCUCCAUUCCCUAAGCCUGGAUGACACUCCCAUGAAUGUAUCAGGCUUGCUAGACUCAGGCCUGCUCCACCUGGGCUCCCUCUCCCUCAUACAGACAGGUCUAAAUAAACUGCCUGGAAAUGUGGUGGACUACUUUGACCUUGAUGCUCUUGAUCUGGAGAGGAACCAGAUCCAGAGCAUAGAGGAUGAGCAGCUGCCAGGUUUGCGCUCCCUGGCAGUGCUCAGCCUCCACGCCAAUGGCCUGCAGUUCCUGCCCACUGGGUUCUUGAGUGCUCUUCCCCAGCUUCAGAGACUCAACCUUUCCAUGAAUAAACUGGGUGCAAGCCUGCUGCUUCCAGAAGGACUAGGCAGCUCAAACCUGAGAGUGCUAGAUCUGUCUCAUAACGAGCUCUGUAUCCUACCCUAUGGAGCAUUCUCCUAUCUUCCCCAGCUCCAGGAGCUCCGGCUGAGUGGUAAUAACAUCUCCAACUUAUCCAGCGAAAACCUGGAUGGACUGAAACAUCUGAAGUCUCUAGACCUGAGUUGGAACCAAAUUAAAGUGCUCCAUCCAGGCUGGCUCUCCUCUCUUCCUGCCCUAACUUCAUUGAAUCUUUUGGGCACUUACUUAGAGCAUAUCUCAGGCAAGCAGCUCCAGGGUCCCCAGGAGUUGAGCCAUCUGAAACUGGGUUCUCUUAAUAUGUUGGACAUCUACCCUCCCUGGCCUACCGUACUGCUCAGCUUGGAGAUACGGGCACAAACUGCUCUAGAGUUUCACGUCCCCAGUGGGGAACCAUUCUUGUUCUUGGAGAACCUCGUCUUGCAAUCUUCCUAUGUGGUUCUAGAGCCAAACAACAACACAAUCCAUUUUCCUUCUCUACGCCACCUUACUUUGCGAGGAUGUGACCCCUCCGUUUUCUCAGGUUCUAAAUCAAUAUUUCUGUCACAGUUUCCUCUCCUGGAACAUUUGCACUUCUGGUCUAAUCAUGAGCAGCUAGAAAACUUGCAUUUCUUGGGCAUGCCCAGCCUACGAGUGCUGGAACUGGGAGAUACAAACGUGCCCUCUGAGUUAGGACCAGUGACACUGGAGGAGCAACUAAAGCAGGUACCUCAGUUACAAGUGUUGGCAUUGAGCCAUGUGAAACUUAGGAACCUAUCCAUCAAAACCCUCAGGGGCUUGAGCCGACUCCAGCUGCUCUUGAUCAACUCUGAAUGGGCCCUGGGGUUGGACAGCAGUCUCCAGGAGAUAAUCCCCCAGCUACCCCAGUACAUUUAUUUCUCCAAUGUCACUUUUGUCUGCCAGUGUGAAAGCUCUUGGGUGGAGCCCUGGGCAAUGCGGGCCCCAAACACCUUUGUGUAUGGUCUGGAGGCAUCUAUCUGCAUUGCUAACACCUCUGACUAUUCCAAGACUUCCCUGCUUUCCUUCUUUUCUAGUCACUGUACAUAUGAGCCUGAGCUCCAGGGCUUUCUCAUCAGCUUCCCUCUGGUGCUCCUGCUCAUCAUCUUUGCACUGCUUGGCUGCCCUAAAUGGCUCUGGCUUCACUACCUGUGGAACCUGUUUUAUGCCUGGUGGUGGAAAUUGUUUGGACGGGUCCCCAGAAGACCUUUCCACUAUGAUGUCUUCAUAUCGUAUUGUGAGCAAGACCAAGCCUGGGUACUGGAAGAACUGGUUCCUGCCUUGGAGAAGCCUCUUCCUGCCGGUGAGGGUUUAAGGUUAUGUCUGCCAGACAGGGACUUUGGGGUUGGCCAAGACAGGAUGAAUGCUACGGCUGUCAACAUGGAGAACAGCAGAGCCAUCCUUUGUGUGCUCAGCUACCAAGCGCUGGAAAGUACCUGGAGCAACCUGGAGCUAAGACUCGCCACCUAUUAUUUGGUGACCAGGCCUGGGAUUACUCACCUGCUGCUACUCUUUCUGGAGCCUAUUGAUCAGCAGCAAUUGCCAGGUUACCAACGCCUCACACGGUGGCUCCAGAAGGAGGACUGCUUUGAAGUGCCCCAAUCCAGGGUGCAGUGGGAUACAUUCUGUGAGCAGCUUCGGAGCAGGCUAGAGAAAGCUGAACAAGAAAGAGAAGAUAAAAGGGUGUGA